AUGCAGGAGGCGGAGAACUUCCAGGUCCUGGUACUAGACUUUCUCGAAUCCUACGGCUCUCUCAAGUACGAUGCUGGCGUCGAAUAUGCCUGGACGACUCUCGUCAAUGUUCGCGACUCAUGCUCCAAGAUCUCGGAUGGCGCACUCGAAGCCGGCCGGCGGCGCGCUGCUGUAUUUGUCGAGACUCUGGAAGGGCGCUACAAGGACGCCCUCGAGCGCAAAGAGACACUGGGAGAAAAGGUCCUCGAAGGAAUAAUACUCAUGGACAACUACCUCACUGACUUCGAAACGCGCGCAUACACCCUCAAGGAUGGCACAAUCGGCACCUACGCGCACGGAAUGUACGAGGAGGGUCUCCGCAAAAUGGACGAAGGAUUCGGGAUAGCAAAAGGCGUCGUAGACGGCGGCCUCGACAAAGCUCGGCGCGCCCGCGAAACAAUCGAACUCACCAUCGAACGCAGCGUACAGCACGCCCUCGCCCGCGCCAAAGAACACGGCCUCAUCCACUACGACGACCUCCCCGAGCCGUGGCGCGUGAAUCCCCACAUCCUCAAGGGCUACCGCUUCUCCGAGGGAAAAUGGGCCUGCGUACGCUCCGUCUUCGGCCUGCACAACGAACUCAUCAACAUCUGGACGCACCUCCUCGGCUUCAUCAUGGUGCUCGCCCUCGCAUUCUACUUCUACCCAACCAGCGCCAACUUCAGCAACUCCACCAAAACAGACAUCUUCAUCGCUGCCGUCUUCUUCUUCGCCGCCUGCAAGUGCCUGGUCUGCAGCACCAUUUGGCACACCAUGAACUCCAUCUCCCACCAGACCCUGCUUGAGCGCUUCGCUUGCGUCGACUACACCGGCAUCAGCCUGCUCGUUGCGGCCAGCAUCAUGACCACCGAAUACGCCGCGUUCUACUGCGAACCCACCAGUCGCUGGACAUAUAUGCUCAUCACCGCCGGCCUCGGCAUCGGCGGCGUCAUCCUCCCCUGGCACCCGACUUUCAACCGCGCAGACAUGGCCUGGCUCCGCGUCCUGUUCUACUGCUCCCUCGCAUUGACCGGCUUCCUGCCAUUCGGCCAGCUCGCAUAUUCGCGCGGCAUCGAGUGGGCGCAGUACUUUUACGCACCCAUCACAAAGAGCCUGGUCGUCUACAUGACCGGCGCAUGCUUGUACGCGAGUAAAGUGCCCGAGCGCUUUUGCCCCGGCUGGUUCGAUUAUGUGGGCUGCAGCCAUAAUAUCUGGCAUGUGGCUGUGCUGGGCGGGAUUGUGUUUCACUACAUGGCCAUGCAGACUAUGUUUACCCAUGCGUUGGAUCGCGCGCAGACGAGCUGUUCGGUCUACUAG